UUUUUUUCGAGUAACUAAUUACAAUCGUCACAUGAGUUUUACUAUUAGACUCUAUAUCAUUAGAUAACGUAGAGGGAGCUGACUAGAUACUCCAAUGAUAACAAUAAUCGAGAUAAACUUCAAUCCAUUCAAACCUUUCAGAUAAAAACAGUGCUGUAUCACAAGUGCAUUUGCUCAGAGGCUGCUAGUGUAAAUGGUAGUGAGAAGAUGAAGGUGAUUUUAGGAGUAAUUCUACUGAUAAGUUAUGUGGCAGGGUCAAGUUUGAGGAUCGAUCCUCUAGUGCUGAUUCAACAGGGCCUGGUGAGAGGGCAGAGAGCGGAGGAUGGCGACUAUACAACGUUUCUGGGCAUUCCCUAUGCUGCCGUAGACGAGGAUAAUCCUUUCGGUCCAGCUAAGCCACCCCCUGCAUUUGAAGAAGUUUAUAAAGCAAAUGAUGGAUCUAUCAUGUGUCCACAAUCAGCAUUUGUUACUCGUAAUUUCAUGCAAAAUAUGGGCACCGAAACAUUAGACUGCCUGCGACUAAAUAUUUAUGUGCCUAAUGAUGCUACUUCCAAGAAUCCUUUACCGGUGUUAGUAUGGGUCCAUGGUGGAGGGUUCGGAGGAGGAUUUGCAGGGGCUAGCAGCGUUACAAGUUUAGUAAGCAAAGACAUCGUAGUAGUAUCGAUCAAUUAUCGGUUGGGCCCCUAUGGAUUUAUGUGCCUUGACGUCCCUUCGGUGCCCGGCAAUCAAGGUCUCAAGGACCAGUAUGCUGCCCUGCAGUGGGUCAGGAACAACAUAGGGUCAUUCGGAGGCAAUCCUUACAACGUCACCUUAGCAGGCCAAAGUGCUGGCGCAUGUUCCGUCCUUCUACAAUUAUAUUCAGCCAAAGAAAAGCUUUUCCAUAAAUUAAUAGUACAAAGUGGAACACCACAAAAUGAAGGAAUGUUCGUGAAAAGAGAUGUAGAUGCUGCCAAAAAAGUGGCUAACCAUUUAGGCUUUAAUAUUACUGACACUGAACAAGCUUUGGGAUUUCUUUCUAAAACCCCAUUUAAAUUGGUAACAUCUGCCAUCGCCGAACUUAAAAUAAAACUGAGACCUUGUAAAGAGCUGUCAUUUAGCGGUGUUGAUAAUUUUGUAGAUACAGAUCCAUUCAGUUUAUCUAAUGAAAAGAAAAUCCAAGGAACUCCUAUUUUAAUUGGUCACACAAGCAAGGAAGAGAUGAGCCUGGGGAGCAGUUACUACGACGGUUAUUAUGAUGAUGAUCCAUUUUACAAUAGAAUAGUCAAUAACUAUAAUUUAGAGGAAGAAAAGGCGAAAAAAGUGGCAGAUACAAUAAGACAUUACUAUGUCGGUGAUCAGGCCAUAUCGGAAAAACUGUUUCCGGAGUUGGGAGAUUUUGAAUCGGAUUUCAUAUUUAAUCAUCCUAUGCAAAGUAUGAUAACUAAUUUGUUAAAUGAAAAUGCAAAUCCCGUGUAUCAAUAUAUGUUUAGUUAUGUUGGUGACUCCGGAGAGGCGGGCGCGGGGCAUUCUGCAGAGCUCAAGUAUCUGUUCGAAUUGACUGGAUUUUCAUCUGAGAUGACUGAAGAUGACAAACUCGUUUCAGAUCGAUUGACAACCAUGUGGACAAAUUUUAUAAAAUAUGGAAAUCCUACACCGAGCUAUGCGAACGCUCUCCCAGUGACGUGGAGCAAGUCAAGCCUCGCCACCCGGCCGUACCUGCUCAUAGACAAAGACUUGAGGAUGGAGAGCAGAGUUUUCAGUGACAGGAUGGCCUUUUGGGAUCUUUUCUAUGACAACUACGGCACAUACAAUAAGCUGGCAAGAGAAUGUGAUAUUUAAAAUCUCAUGUAAUUUGGGUAUUUUAAAAAUAUUUCUUAUUUAGUUUUAUGUGAAGGUUUAGAUUAUAAAAAAACAAUACGUGUUAUUAAGUAAAUGGCUUUUUUUCAAUGGAUAUUACGAGAAUGUUGCAUCUGUGACCAAAAGGCAGUAACCUCGGACAACUAAUUAGUUUGGCUAUUAAUGCAGUGAUUAAAUGAACUUCUGGAGACGGUUCGAGGGCUCAUAUACUUUA